AUGUCACUAACUCGGUCGCCCUCUCCACGUCCGGGAGGAGGGUGGUCGAGCCCUGGCUUGACACCCGGCAGUGGCAGAUCAACGCCUCAGAAUAGCCUUCACCCACCAAGUCAAUCCGACCCGUGGCUAGCUGCUAAAGCGAAAAGUGAUGAGAUCCGGGGCUACCCGUCCUUUUCUACUAAGAAUAACGGGUUCUUUUCGCGCUCGAAAACCCAAAUAUCUGCCACUCUUCCAAAGUUCCGAGUGAGCUCUAGGUCGCCGAAGGGAUACUCUGAGAAGGAUGGCUCUCCAUAUGGGCAUGGACGAGAUUGGCGGCCGAUUUGGUUGGGGAGGGCCGUCAUGCGACGAAGGAGGUCACGACUCCUUCUGGCACUGAUGCUCUUUCUGGUUGGAUACAUAUUAUUUUGGACGUUCUUUGUCGAAACCUUUAGGCGAUCAGCCUUUGGAGGUGGACGAAAAUUCGUCAUAAUACUUGAAUCCAAUAUCGAGGGCGGAGUUAUGGAAUUGAAAAGUACAAGGGAAUGGGCCAUCGAGCGCAACAGCAUUAAGAAUAAGAAAGAGUAUGCUAAAAGAUGGGGAUACGAACUGGAGACCGUCAACAUGUUAGCAAAGAAGCGCUAUUCACAUGAAUGGCGGGAGGGUUGGGAAAAGGUCGACAUUCUCCGUGAUACCAUGCGGAAGUAUCCUGACGCGGAAUGGUUCUGGUGGCUUGACCUCACCACUUAUAUUAUGGAGCCCUCCUAUUCCAUCCAGGACCACCUUUUUUGCCGUCUCGAUGAGAUUGUUUACCGCGAUAUAAACGAAUACAAUCCCCUAAACAUUACCCAUCCUCCCACACAACCGUACCUUGAUGAGGUAUCACGCUCGGCAGAUGGUGAUAAAGACUCGUCGUCGAUCCAUUUCCUGCUCUCACAAGAUUGCGGUGGGUUCAACCUGGGGUCGUUCUUUGUCCACCGAUCCCUUUGGACCGAGCGACUAUUAGACACAUGGUGGGAUCCCCUUACAUAUGAGCAGCGGCAUAUGCAAUGGGAGCAUAAGGAACAGGAUGCGCUUGAGUACCUCUACACGAACCAACCCUGGAUUCGCAACAAUCUCGCCUUCGUUCCCCAGCGAUACAUCAGUUCUUUUCCCCCCGGGGCCUGCGGAGAUGAAACUGAUCAACAAGUCCACUAUACGGAAGGUGGACGGGAUUUUGUUGUAAAUAUGGCUGGGUGUGACUUUGGCCGGGACUGCUGGGACGAGAUGUACCAGUACCACGAAUAUAGCAGGUGGCUGAACCGCACAGCAUGGGAACGCAUACGAGACAGUCUGCUUGAAAUAUACUAUACAUUCUUUGGCGGAACUCGAUACUUUGACAGUUCGCCGCAUGAGUAG